AAAUAUGUGUAUAUAUAGUAGUAAAGAUUAGUAGAGAACUAACAUUUCAUCAAGUAAAUUACAACUUUCUUCAACAUAUAGUUUUUAUAAUCAAAACCAUGGAGAAAGUGUUUAGUAUGCUUUAUGAAGCUGCCCAAGAAGGGAAUGUGACCACUUUAAGGCAACUUCUUAAACAAGAUAAAUUGAUUCUCGAUCGACGCAUUGUUAUCAACAAUAAUGGUUUUUCGGAGACUCCUCUUCAUGUGGCAGCUAUGCUCGGCCAUGCAGAUUUCGUCAGAGAAAUCAUCACUUGCAAGCCUGAGCUUGCGAAGGAGGUUGACGCAUGGCACUCCACGCCAUUGCACUUAGCAGUGGCAAAAGGUCACCUUGAGACCGUCAAAGUACUACUUAUGUUGGUUGACGAUCGCAAAAAUUUGUGCUCUGCUUGGGAUGGAGAGGGAAGAAACUCUAUGCACCUUGCAGUUAUGAGAGGGCGACUUGAUGUGUUGAGAGAGCUACUCAAAGUGGCUCCCGAGGCAGCUCGAAUCAAUUUGAAGGAUCGAAAUGAGAACAUUUUGCAUGUUUGUGUGAGGCAUAAUCAGUUGGAAGCUCUAAAGCUUUUGGUGAAUGUUAUGGAUGGUGAUUACCAAUUUGUAAAUGCCAAAAAUGAUUAUGGUAUGACAAUUUUGCAUUUAGCAGUGACUUAUAAACAAAUUGAGACAGUAAAAUUUUUGGUAACAAAUACUAGAGUUGAAGUGAAUGCCACCAACACAAACAAAUUCACAGCAUUUGACAUCUUAGCAGAGAGUCAACGAAGUGAAAAGGACUUUGAUAUUUCAGAGUCUCUUCGAUCAGUAGGAGCUUCACAAACCAUAAAUCAAUCUUUACUUACAAAGAAACAUAUUCAUGAUCAUGGUACUAAAAAUGACGAAAGUAAUAGUAACAACCAAAAAGAAAAUCAAGAAGAUGAAACAACAAAAAUGACUGAAAGCUGGCUAAGUAGAAAGCGAGAGUCGCUAAUGAUUGUUGCAUCCCUUAUUGCCACAAUGGCUUUCCAAGCUGGAACAAAUCCUCCAGGAGGUCUCUGGCAAGACAAUAGUCCCUCAAAAUCAAUAUCUCAGGUCACACAACACGACACGAUAAUAGCUGACUCUCCUUCUGUAUUCGAUCAUCUAGCAGGAGAGUCAAUAAUAGCUUGUUAUAAUGAUAAAAAAUUUAUGUACCAUAUUUACUUAUUUUGUAACACGGUGGGAUUUGUUGGAUCAUUGAGUAUAAUCUUGCUACUCGUCACAGGCUUGCCUUUUUGUCGAAGAUUUUGGAUGUGGAUUCUUACAGUGAUUUUGUGGUUGACUAUAACGGCUGUGACACUUACAUAUGUAGUCGCCAUAUGGGUUGCUGCUCCAAGCAAAGAAACGCGCAUUGUUGAGGAUUUGCUUUACUUCUUCAUAUCAAUUUGGGGUGGAGUUAUGCUUGUUAUUGCAGUGCUUCAUACGAUUCGUCUUGUUAUAAAAUUGUUUAAAUGGUUGGGAAAUUUUAUCCUAGGAAGAAUAAAGAGAUCAUGUGUAUAGUUAUGUUAGUUAGAGUUGGCUUUAUCUUUGUGAUAGACUAAGUAUAAGCUUGGAAUGUUUGUAUUUUGCUUAUGGAUAUUUUAUAAUAAAAAUUAAUUAGAAAAUUUUCUCCC